AUGCGUGUAUUACUGAGACCAAUAGUCGUAGCUAGGAAGGCGCUUCAAGCUAAGGGAAGCGUGCAGUUAAAACAUCCAUUCACGACAGCAUUGGUGUGGAGAGCCAUGGAGGAUAAAGAGUCUUUGAAAAAGCGAUUGACACCACUACAGUAUCAUGUUACACAAGAAGCUGGAACUGAAAGACCUUUUACAGGAUCUUACAACAAAUUCUAUGAAGAAGGAAUGUAUGUUUGUGUAGUUUGUAAACAAGAUCUAUUUACUUCUAAGACAAAAUAUGAUUCAGGAUGUGGUUGGCCUGCAUUCAAUGAUGUUCUCGCCAAAGAAAAAGUUACUUUACACCAAGACACAAGUGCAGGUUUGGUGCGAACUGAGGUGCGAUGCUCCAAGUGCUCUGCUCACCUGGGGCACGUGUUUGAUGACGGGCCUGCACCCACACGAAAACGUUUUUGCAUUAAUUCUGCCUCAUUGGACUUCAUACCCGCUGAAGAGAGGAAGGACUAA